AUGUUUUCACUUCCGUUCUUUUGCAACCAGCAAUCGGUCCCAGCUGACACAUUUUGCAGCUACUGCGGAAGAUGCAUACCGCAGGGAACGAGCGCGCGGCUUACAGAGUCCCGGGUUUUCUGUGCAUCUCAUGCCCAAACGACUGCGUACUCGAUCACCACAGACGCAUGUACCUUUGGAAACUUUGCCCUUUCCUUUGAUGAGACUGGGUUUUCCGUAACGAUAGACUUGGAUGUUCUUCUGGAGCACCGGCCGGAUCUAGGGAUAGGUAUAAUUUCCCGUUUGCCCAUUACAGUCCUUGAUGAGACACGGGCGUUUUGCAUGGAGGUCUUCCACAGCAAUAUCCCCGUAGGAAAUGAACUACCUGAGUACAACUCUGACGCCGCCUCUAUCCCAGCUGGCACUCAACCUGACUGGUUGUGCUAUCGGCAAAAUAAGAUACAGAAGUCCAAAUAUACUCUAUACGCACAGUUCCCCACCUAUGGCGUUCUUCAGAAAUCGACACGCCUACAUCGCUCCUCUAGCCAACUGGAGUCUUUGAACAUGGGCCCUCCAGACAAGCGCUUCUGGUCUGCUAAGUUGCAAGAAUCCAAAGAGAAGAUAUCUAAAGAGUUCCUCCCAAUACAUUAUGUUUACACGGAUGUCACCGCUUGCCAAAUGAAUUCUAAAUGGCCGAUUUAUCUUGCCACUCCUCCGCAGGGCGCCAGUCUUCCUGGCUGCAGCUUCAUUUCUAUAAAUAUAUAUUGCUCUUACCUUCCUUCUGUGUUCCAGCCACUUCACAGCUCCUCUACAAAGGCCUAUAUUCUGCGUGCAGAUCUUGCUAAGAGCCUCAUGAACACAUACCCACCAACAGAUGUUAUCACAGAGGAGUUCUCGGUUAUUCUUGGCAAGUAUCUUUGUCAGAUAGCUGCACGUGUCGUCUACCCAUAUAAGUACCAAAAUAUAGCAAGCACGGAGGAGGCCAUAAAGAACUUCUUCUUAAGCAACAGAAAGUCUCAAAACCACAAACCACCAUCAGGCAUAGAUAAGGGCGUAACGUUCGGAUCUCUUCUGAACUCGCGGCCGACGGGGUCGGAGGUCAUAGUAUAUGUUUCUGGAGGACUAGAGACGCAAAGCUACAACCAGAAGAAGGACAAGAUAACAACGAGCUACAUGCGCUCUUACCUGUGCCUCAACCAAUAUGUUAUUUCCUACGCAGCAGAGAGAUUCAGGCUCCACCGUUUAAUCACAUCUAAGCCGGAGUUACUAUCAUCGCUAACACAGGAUCUUUCGGUGACCUCAACCGAAAUGAAGUUACUCACUACUGCGUUGGGCCCUCCGAGCCAAUUGAUAAUGUGCAAAGUGUUUUAUGAGUGUUACAAGAAGGUCGGAGGAAAUUGUGCCCCAUUUCAACUUCAAACGUGGAACUCAGCUAAUAAUUUCUAUAACAUAAAUAUAUCCUUGCUUGCAAACGACGGAUCUGUUAUAGAUAAGGUCAUAGAAACAUGUGACCAGCAUAACACAGAAAAGAGCGACGUGCUGACAGCUGAGGAGUCCUCCAACAUACAACCCAGUACCGUUAUCUUUACAAGCAUAGUCAACUUGACCUCUCUCUAUGACAAGUUGCUGGGCUCUGAUGACCAGCAGGACGACGCUCCGUCAGUACAGCUUUCGACCACUACCAGCCAGCUCGGAGAGCGCUCCCUCACCGACAUGACCAGCAUAGCAGGGAACAUGGACGACGAAGACACAGGAGCAGAUAGCUAUCGGGUCUUUGCCGGGCUCAUUGGACACUGCUCGUUAAGACCCAUGUUCCCGGCGAUAUGGGUCGCAUACCGUAUCUCCUUUCCUAAAGCAGAUCCCAUGGAGAAGCUUCUCACUACUGUUGGAGCCUCGUUUCUUAGCACUCUCGGUAAUGCUUCGGGAGAAUUUAUCAAAGGGUCAAGCACAUCGCCGUACUAUGCCUCGCUCCGGGGCCGCACGAUAACAACGUCAGGUGCAGCCGCAUCAGCCACAGCAAUCUCAUCAUUCAACAUCCUCGCCGUUUCACUGGCAGAUGAUGUCGUGGACAGCAAGCAGAUGGGUGUGCAUGGAGGCUCGACUGAAGAAAGCGGUCCCGCAAGGAUGGGCGGAUCUAGAGUGGUUUCGGCCAUUUAUGACAUCUUACAGACAAGUACAGUACCGGAUGGGUCAAAGAAGUAUAUGGGGUCUCUUGGAGAUAACAUCACGAUCGAUGCGCUGGAUCGCAUAUAUCCCCAAGACUACAGCAGGUCACUGUACUACUCUGAACCGUCUGUGCCCGUUUUUGCCAAGCCAAGGUAUCUUUUUGCGCCGAGCUCAACGCCCAAUAACUUUAAAAUAGAUGAGCAUUUACUAGAAUCUAUAUGCUUAGGAUAUGGCGAUUUUAUGAACGUUGACGCUGUGCGGCGAAUCCUGGAGGCAAACCAUGCGGGUCUGAGCUCUCGGCUGUUUCUUUGUGAACAGAAUGGGCAGAAAAUUUUCGACCGAGUGCAGAGUAAUCAUCGCAGACCCUCUCAGUGA